UGAACAAACAGGAGGAAAAGGGGAGAAAAAGAGAGAGAGAGAGAGAGGGCGCGUGUGUGUUUUCAUGCCCGUGGGUUAUUGGCCGUUCAUCUCUCUUUCUAUUUUCCAAUGCGCAGGUCAGGUCACAUCGCAAGCUGAUGAUUGUUUCUCUUUUUGUUUCUUUUGUUUCUCUUUUGAAGCUUCGUCUUUGCAUUUGUCGGAUUUAAGGAACAACAAAAUUGUCUGAUAGAGAGUUACAAUAAUGUUGGGCGAUGACAAAGAUUCAGACGACCUUAAUGUAUUUCUAAACGCCAUUGGUGAAGGUGGAGAUGAUGAUGAAGAAGAAGCUCCAACGAGAAUCUCCACCUCUUUCAAUGGCAUCGACUUCUUGACCUUUGACGAUGAAGAUUCACAUCAGAACCCGUUUCAAGAUUGUGAAUCAAGUCCAAUCAACGAGGCUCCUCCUCCUAAGGUUUAUGUCGCACCGAGGGUGAUGAUAAGUCAUCAAGAUUCGUUUUCUGAAGAUUCAAGAACCGAUGUCAUCGAAGAUGCUAGGAUAUUGCCUGCUUCGCCUCGUUUGCGAGUUCCUGCUUCUCCUCGAGCUUUUGUGUAUCCGAGAUCCGUCGAAUCGCCUCGUUUCGGUUCUCCCGUUGGUGUUAUCGAUACAGCUUCGCCUUUUGAUUCGGUUAAGGACGCAGUUUCUAAGUUUGGUGGGAUCACAGAUUGGAAAGCUCAUAAGAUUCAGACAAUAGAGAGACGGAAGAUGGUUGAUGAAGAGCUUGAGAAGAUACAAGAAGCUAUGCCUGAGUGCAAGAGAGAAGUUGAGUUAGCUGAAGAGGCAAAACACAAUGCGUUGAACGAGUUAGAGAACACAAAGGGACUCAUUGAGGAGCUUAAACUCGAGUUAGAGAAAGCGGAAAAGGAAGAGCAACAAGCGAAACAGGAUUCGGAGCUCGCGCAGAUGCGUGUUGAGGAGAUGGAGCAAGGUGUAGCUAAUGAGGCAAGUGUUGCUGUCAAAGCGCAGCUCGAUGUUGCUAAAGAGAGGCAAGUCUCGGCUACUUGUGAGCUACGAUCCGUGAGAGAAGAGAUUGAAAUGGUUAGUAACGAAUAUGAAGAAAUGUUGAAGGAAAAAGAUUUAGCUAGGGAGAAAGCUGAUAUUGCUGUUAUGGAAGCUAAAGAGAUUGAGAGGACGAUGGAUGGUUUGAGUAUAGAGCUGAUUGCAACCAAGGAGUUGUUGGAAUCAGGACACACUGCACAUCUUGAAGCUGAAGAGAUGAGAUUUAGCGCAGCAAUGGCUCGGGACCAAGAUGUUUACAAUUGGGAAAAGGAACUGAAGAUGGUGGAAGAUGAUAUCGAUAGGCUUAACCAAGAGGUUCGAGCGGCAUAUGAUGUGAAAGCUAAGCUUGAGACUGCUUCUGCUCUUCAGCAUGAUCUCAAAACUGAAUUAGCGGCUCUCACCGAAAACUCAAGCGGUAAUCUGUUGAUGGAAAAGGAGAGUAGUAAUAAUGACAUUCAUGCUGCGGUUGAUUCUGCAAGAAGGGAGCUCGAAGAAGUCAAAUCCAACAUUGAGAAAGCAGCUUCCGAGGUGAAAACAUUGAAGAUAAUCGCUGGAUCAUUACAGUCCGAGCUUGAACGAGAGAGACAGGAUCUAGCAGAAACUAAGCAGAGAGCAAGUGCGGUUCUGGCCAGGAAAAACGAUGAAGAUGCAAGAGAGGAGUUGGUGGAAACAGCAACGAAGUUGGAGCUGGCGACAAAAGAGGCAGAGGAUGCAAAGUCAUAUGCUACAGCUGCGAGAGAUGAGCUUACAAUGGCGAAGGAAUUGUCUGAACAAGCAAAAAGAGGAAUGUCUACGCUAGAGAGUCGGUUAACCGAGGCGAAAAAGGAAAUGGAAGCUGCUAGGGCUUCAGAGAAGUUGGCCUUGGCUGCUAUAAAAGCUCUGCAAGAGACUGAAUCUUCUCAGAGAUUCGAGGAUAUUAAUGAAUCACCAAGAAGCAUUAUAAUUUCCGUAGAGGAAUACUAUGAGCUAAGCAAGCAGGCACAUAAGUCAGAGGAGGAGGCAAACACAAAGCUAUCAGAGAUUGUCUCCCAAAUAGAGGUGGCUAAAGAGGAAGAGUCAAGAAUCUUGGAGAAACUAGAGGAAGUGAAUAGAGAAAUGAGCGUAACAAAAAAAGAGCUUAAAGAGGCUAUGGGAAAAGCCGACAAGGCUAGAGAUGAGAAGUUGGGUAUGGAGCAAGAGUUGAGAAAAUGGAGGUCGGAUAAUGGGAAGAGGAGGACAGACGAAGGCCGUGAGCCUGAGAAAAGCCCGACGAGGUCAAGCACCGAGAAUGGAUUCGGACAGUCAAAAUCAUUUGCAUUUGGUGAACAAGGAAGCAGCAGCAACUACACUGGAGCAGGUACUAACAAUAAUAAUAAUAAUCUGACCCCUGAAACAAAGAAGAAGAAGAAGAAGCUAUCUUUGUUUCCAAAGGUUUUCAUGUUCUUGUCAAGAAAGAAGUCUCACAGUCACAAGUAAAAAAUGUUGCAUACCUUUUUCUCGUUUUCUUCAAAAUAUUUGGUUUGUUCUUUUCUUCUUACACCAACAAAACAAUACAGACUCCUUGAGAUGAGUCUAGCAUUACAUUUCUGUAUGUGUUUGUUGUAUUCACUUAUAGGAAAUAAAGGUAUUGAUUGAUACACACUUGCCACCAAAGUGUAGAAAAUUUUCAAAGACAAAGAUUCAUAUUAUUAAAAGCCAAUACCAAUUUUUUGUUCCAAAUAUAAAAGAGAAUA